ACGCAGCGCCGUGAUGACGUAAGGUGAGCGUGCUGAGCGUCCAGCUAUGGCGUCAGGCUGGAUGCUGCCCAGCAGGACUCAGCUGCUCCGCGCUGACAGCUCGGACUGCUCCACACCUCGCGAGGGCUAGGAACAAAGAGGCGCGUGCCUUCCAGCUGCGGAGGGCAGCUCGCGCAGCUGUUGCCUGGGUGACCUAGCAUCGCGUUAGCAUGUAGCUAGCUGCUGUGUGAGCUAGCAAAGCGCGCGGCUGCUCCUGAUCCGAUGUUAGCGGUAGAAAGCAGGUGUUCCCUGAACGACUCUGCUGCUUAGAGGGACAGAAAUGACUUUAAUGCAACCUUGAGGAGCUCCGCGGGGUUAGCUAGCAGGCUAGCAGCAGGGCUAUGCGGGGGCUGCCCAGCUGUUAGCCGCAUGGCCGGCUAACAGCUGCUCUCUGCCCGCCUUCCAGUGUGAGUGAAGCGGCCCCAUGGAGGCAUAGAGCCAGCCGCUAACAGGCCGUAAUGGAGUCCUUCCUGCAGAUCGCCCCCCAUUCCCUGGCUAUAGUGCUGGCCAGAGAUGGAGCCGCUGAGGCCGCCGAUGCAGCCGCGGUGUCAGAGAGCGAGGAGCUGCCCAGGCACCACACCGGGUACGAGAUAUUUGCUGAUUUCAAGGCGGAAAACUCCCAGCAGCACAUCUGGAACCACCGCAUCUCUGAGGCCGUGUCUGAGAGCUUCUUCCUGGGAUGGAUCGAUGAGCAUGUCCUGCUGAUCCAGGGGAAGGAGGACCACCUGGAGGUGCUGAGGGAGGGAUGGAUGCGCAGGUCCCUCAACCCUCCUCGGGGCUUCACCAUCAAAUGUCUGGGUGAUGUCUCUCCCAUCAGUAUGUCUCCUAUCAGCCAGUCACAGUUCAUCCCACUGGGAGACGUUCUACUAUUGGCUGUCUCUGCGAUGAACUCCGCCCACAAGCCCGUCACUCAUGAGGCUCUAACAGAACACCUGCAGACAUGCUUUCCAGGGGUUCCUACACCGACAGAGGAAGCGCUGCACCACACGCUCAGCUUACUAGUCCGGGAGCGUAAAAUCUACCCAACACCUGAGGGAUAUUUCAUUGUAACUCCUCAAACCUACUUCGUCACUCCAAGUCUUAUUCGAACUAGUUCAAAGUGGUACCACUUAGAGGAACGAUCGUCUGACAGGCACCAACAUCAGAAACAACAGCGUCAUCAGCAAACUCAGUGCAUCUCUCCUCCCUCUGGCACCGUAACACCCUCCAAUUCUGGCGGGUUCCUAGACUGCUCACACACCAAGUCCAGCCAAAACCACUGCGCCGGAGGGGAGGAUUUUUUCUACAACAGUAGUUACCGUGCAGAUGACCCACCCAGCCACCACACCACACUGCAGCGGCGCUCCCCCAAAGAACACAGAGAGGCACACCUGUCCCAGUAUUCCCCCCAAACACCUCAGCAGGCGGCCGGCACCUCUGAAAAGAGCCGCAACUCCCUGGGGUUCCCGUUCAAGACAGACACCCUCAUCAAGCAGCGAGGGGGGCUCGGUGCUACCGGAGGAACAGGUGACCCGGACAAGCAAUCCCUGGGCAGCGCCACGAGUGGGAGGAAGUUUGGUUUGAAGUUGUUCCGCCUGAGUUUUAAGAAGGAGAAGACCAAGCAUUUGGCGACCUUCUCGGCUCAGUUUCCUCCUGAGGAGUGGCCACUCCGUGACGAAGAGGAGUCCAACCAAUUGCCCCGUCAAGUAGAGAUGGAGAUUAUUCGUAGGAUCAACCCUGACCUUACCGUAGAAAAUCUGGCCCGACAUACAGCAGUGAUGAAGAGACUUGAAGAAGAGCGCAAUCAGAGAAGCAAGUCGUCUUCGGCUAACCAGAGCUCCAGAAGUAGAAGAAGUGGGGGUCGGCACAGAAAGCAGUCUCAAUCCAAACUCAGCCGCUCACACAGCAAGACCAGAACGUUCCGCUUUGAAACCACCGAUGGUACCCAUUUAGAGCCGGCCGACAAAGACUUCAGAGGUUACUCCUCCUCGCUGGCUCGCUCACCCAGAGAACAAGCGCUGGCUUUGGAGCGCCAGCGAGCACGACAUCACCUCGCUCACAGCAUUCCCAAUAUUCUGGACUCUUCUCACCUGCCCGUCACGCCAGAGUGGGAUGUGUCUGGGGAGCUUGCCAAGCGCCGCAUGGAGAUGCCCUUCCCUGAGCCGAGCCACGGCCCAUCGGCUCAUCAUUCCAAAGUCCAUCGUUCCCACUCCCAUACCCAGGAGAGGAAGUCGAGGAACGAGCGCAGUAGCAAGGCUAAAGAACGUUCUCGAUCCAUGGAUAACUCCAAAGGACUGGUGGACACUGGGUUGAUGGGACCACCGCCCGAUUAUUACGAUGAGCGCAGUCGUUAUUUCACGGAUGACGGCACUCUACGAGCUGCCCAGAGCUCAUGUCACUACGUCCGGGCCACACCCCCUUCAUCUAAGGUGGAUUCCCUGGGUUUAGAUGCUGCCAGAAGCUUUGAGAAAAGUAAGAGCAGAGACAGUUUGCCAGCGUCACCAAACCCUCAGCCCGCCUCCAGCCUUCCCGACGAUUACUUCCAGUGUGCUGCUGCCUCAGACGCCGCUGUUCUGCUGGGAAGUCUAGGCAAAAGCAGCCAGAGCGGAUUCAAAGCAAAUGUUUCGGACAGGCAGACGUGCAGCCCUUUAAAGGAGGACCUGUCAAACGUGGGACCUAAAGGGGGAAGCCUACCUCCAAUACCUCUGUCUAUCCCUGACCCUGCUGUGUCAAACGGCAGACCUCCCCACAGUGCCUCCACUGGGCAAGACAAACACAAGGACGCCAUCUUUAGGCCUCCUCCCAGCCUCUCAUUACCUGGCUACAGCUCCUUAAGGAAACCUGCAGUUCUUGCCUCUAUCCCUCUGUCUUCAUCCUGCGAUGCUCUUGAUUCCGACGAUGCUCCCAAACCUCUUGUAGCAACACUGACUGUUCCUACGCAGGGGGUGGACCCCCCUUCUAGUACUGCAGAGAGCUCCUUCGACUACUACAAUGUCUCCGAUGAUGAGGAAGUGGAAGAUGGACAGGCGAAAGAAGGAAAAGGAGAAAAGCCUAAAGGUGGAUUUUCCCAGGUGGAAGGGUGUGGAAUAGGCACCAUGCAGUGGUUGUUGGAGAGAGAGAAGGCAAGAGAUUUACAGAUGCGCUUUGAAAGGACCCUUACCUUCUCUGGUGCUAAGGAGAACCAUCCGGAGCCACUUCAGAGCCAGCAUUCCGUCCACUCUGCCAGACUGGACAGCAUGGACUCCAGCUCCGUCACCGUCGACAGUGGAUUCAACUCACCACGAACAAGGGAGAGCUUAGCUUCCAACACCUCCUCAAUAGUGGAAAGUAACCGACGUCAGAACUCGGCCCUGAGCCCCGGACACCUGGGCGCCACCCGCGGCAGCGCUCCUCCUUUCUCCUUCCGCUCCAUUUCAGAGUCUGCCAGCACUCCUCAGGAGAAGCUGCAGAAGCCCACUACCUGCCUGGCAUCCAUCACCAGUGUCUGAAAUCAGAUCUGAGUGGUCGGUGGAGCGGCGGAUCGGUGGAGCGGUGGAGCGGCGGAUGGAAGCUCUUUGUCAGAGACAUGAACCCAUGCAGGCAACAAAGACAUUCUACCCCCUGAGCCGCUGCUGGCUCCGGCCUCCAGCCACUGCUCUAGCAUUUUUUUAUCCUAUCUGUUUUGGUUGAGGUGUGUGUGUGUGUUUAUAGUAUGUCUGUAUUCUCUGUAAUCUCAGGUUUUGUUAGUUCCAGUCUCAUCCCUGGUCUCCAGACGGUGCGUCUCCUCAUGGUGCUGCACCAGCGUUAGCUACUGUUCACCCUUCAGCUGCGGUGUCACAUUUGCUACCUGCAGACACCCUUUAAGGAAACACAGCCGGAGGAAAAAGAUUUUCAUAUAUUUGUAUAUUUUGUGGUAUUUUGUUAACACGCACAAAUCAUAUUUCCAAACUUUCUAUAAAACCAACACUGAUUUCACAGGGGGGGGGGGUCUUCCAAAGGUCAGAUUUUUUUGGGAGAUAAAUGUUUAUGCCGGCCAGUUUGACAUGGUGAGACUGAGACGGCAUCCUGGACUGUUAGUGUCUGACGUUUCAGAUAACCUUUGACCUUUAGUUCCACUACUUUAACGUAGCCCAGAAUGAUGAUGGGAGGCUAACGCCUGCAUGGUUCAUCCUGUUUGUGCUGUCAGUAGUUCCCUACUGUAAAAAGUCCAGCAGUUCCCUGCUUAUUUCCAACUUAAUAAACCAAUCUAGUCGAGCAGUCAUUUUCA